GGCCCAUAUGUCCUCAGUUAGAAGGGCUUGCAAAGAGAGGAGAGAUACAUCAGUUGAGCUCAGCUCGUGACUAUGCAUUUCAAGGUGUUGAAGAGCAGGAAGGCUUUAAAACGAGGAAUGGGAGGGCUAAGCUAAUUAGACUUGAAGAGUUCAAUGAUGGCACUUCUCGGGGCACCCAGUCGGACAGAGCGCGAGAAUGCCGAAGGUUAGGAAGGGAGUUGAUAAACUUCACGAGAGGACCAAGCUUGACCAAAUGCACCCCACGAAGGAUUACCAAGUUUGGAAACAGCGAAGGCACAAGGAGGAAUCCUGAUCAGGCCUAUGCCGUUUGGGAACCUCGACACCGUCCGGCCAACACUGAUCUAGCGUGCACCUAG